AUGACUGCGAUUACAAACAAGUACGGUGAUAUUAUCCAGGUUACAGGCCUUGGCGACUAUGCAGUGAUAUUGCAGACUCACAAGGUGCAAUAUUGUCCUCCACUGGAUAACUACUACGCAUUGAAAAUCUUCCGAAGCCACCCCGAUGAAAGCCGAGACCACUACACGAAGCGAGUGACCUCUGAGUUCGCGAUUGUGUCGGAGCUCCAUCAUCAAAACAUUCUUCGGACAUUCGAGCUCCUCCCGAUUGGUCGGAGGAACCUCUGCGCGUGCAUGGAGUACUGCGCCGGCGGAGACCUGCACUCGCUUAUUACUGCGACUCGCAAAGUGCCAGAGGAGGAAGCAAGCUGUUUGCUAAAGCAGCUUCUACGCGGUGUCCAUUACCUUCACGAGCAAGGCGUCGCGCACCGCGACCUCAAGCCUGAGAACCUCCUUCUCACCAACAGAGGGUGUUUGAGGAUCUCUGACUUUGGCCAUUCAGAACGGUUCCGUGAGCCUGGCGAUGAUAAGGACCAUGUACGGCUGACUACGGGAAGACGAAACUCGCGCCCGUACCUCUCCCCCGAGCAAUUUCUCGACGGCCAGUUCGAUCCUCGUUGCGUUGAUGUCUGGGCUGCAGCUCUCGUGUACGUUGCUAUGAGGACGGGGCGAAAUAUGUGGAAAGAGGCGACGGAGGAGGAUGGGGAGUUCAAGCAGUUCAAGGAGACGGGGAAGAAUGCCCUGCUUGAUGAGAUCUGCAAUGUUUGUUACCCUGGAGCCUUUAUUAUUCUAGACGCUGAUUCUUUUAUCUAG